CCGAUAGUGGUUGUGAUUUUCAGGAGAAAGCAGGAGGUCAUAUGGGAACUGAAUUUGUGAAUAAUUCUCCCAUUCUCGAAAGUGAAGAAGGCUAUACUAUUGGGAAACUCAAUCAGGGGCAAAGGGUAGAACUUGAUGGCCGUGCUGAGAAGAAAGUCCAUCAAUUCUAUUUCAUCAAAAUUUGGCCAUAUGGAGACCAGAAUGUGAAAUCCAGAAUUGAAGAGGCUGAAAAGCUGAUUGAAAAGAUUGAUGAAGACGCAUUUCAUAUCAACACUAAAUACAGGAAAUUAAUGUCAGAUAGAACAUACAAAGUGCUUUGUCUGCUGGGACGCCUAUACAAGCGCAUUGUACACAUUGAUUGUACGGUGAAUUGGAAUACACAGCAACUGGAUCGUCUGAAACAACUUUUAGAGCAGCUGACUUCGAGGAAAAUUGCGUAUAAUGGGACAGAUAUGAAUUCAUGGUCGUCAAGAGAACUUAUUAAGUCUAUGCGACACAAAAACAAUAAUUUGCCUACAGAAAGGCAACUCUUGAGACAGAUCAGCAGCGAAAGUCAAAAGAGAGGAGCAGUUGAUUCAUUUUUAUCAGCAGCAGAAGACUUCAGUGCACAUGCUCUUCUUUCCAUACGAAUUUCCAUGGAAAAGGUUCAACUGGGAGCCGCGAAGGGAGGUGUUACUCUGAAGGAAAAGAACGCAACGCUCAAGUGAAGCCUGGAAGCUGCCGAAACAGAGAGAAACCUGUCUUCUGAGUCGGCAAAGAGGUACCUGAACGAAAGAGACGCGGCUCUUCAUACGGUGGACUUCCAGAAAAUGCAGCUCGAGAAGCAGGGAGAGGAAGCAAAGGAGCUACAAUAGUUAGACUCUUCAAGGAGGCCGGGGAGAAGGAUCAGGAGCUCAAAGCGACCUCUCUGCAGGUCUUACGAACAGAGCAAGAGAGGGACGCCUCCAAGAAGGAAAGGCAAGCCCUCGAAGUUGAACUUCAGGAAAGUCAAGGAAAGAUUGCUGCCUUAACGCAAGAGAUGCAGGAUCAGGCAGCAGAGGUCGAGGAGUGUUAGUGUAUAUUAGUGUAUGCGCCAGAAACCAUUUGUGUUGUCGGUUUCAGAGCAUUUUGUCUU